AUGGGCGCGGUCUGGUCAGCCCUGCUGGUCGGCGGGGGUCUGGCGGGUGCGCUUUUCCUUUGGCUGCUGAGGGGCGACUCCGGGGACCCAGAGAAAGAUGGGGAGUCGCAGAAGGACACCCCUUCGGGGGAGGCUGCGGCUCCCGGAGGCGAGCAGGGUGGUGGAGGCGGCGGCCCAAGCCCUGGACCUGCCAAGACGGAGCCGGACCCCAAAGCAGAGCAUCUUCAGGAAUGCAAUGGACAUUUGAUUUCUGUGACUAAAGGUCCUGCUGACCUGCACAAAGCACAGCAACUACAGAAUCCUUCUGGAGCAGACUGGGGCAAUGCCAGUCAGGAUGUUCUAAACACACACUCCAGGGCUUACUCUGAAGUUUCAAGAAAUAAAGGCCUGGAAUCUCAUGCAGGAGAGCAGAGAUUCCACGAAGGACAAGAGAGCCCUGCUAAAGCAGCUACUCGUGUGAUUCAGAAGUUGCCCGCUAACAAUCUGCUCGUGGACAAAGCUAAAGAAGUGAGGCUUGCACAGCCGGACAGUCAGGACUCUGCUGACCAUGAAGACUGGGAAGUGUUAUCUAGACACUCAUUGAGGGGUGAUGUUGGUUUGGGUGGUAGUCUUGAGGCUUCUGGGUUACGCCUAAGCCAGGGAAUGGACUGUGGCAGAAGCCCUCUUGUGGGAACAGGAGGUUGGAGAGCAGAUGGGAAAGCAGUGUCUCCAGAGCCUCAGCAAGUUAGCAUCAGGUUCCAGGUGCACUAUGCCACCAGCACUGAUGCACAGUUCAUUGCAGUAACUGGAGACCAUGAGUAUCUUGGGAAAUGGAAUGCAUACAUUCCACUCUACUAUGGCAAGGAUGGGCUCUGGUCUCAUUCUGUCUUCCUGCCGAAAGAUACAGUGGUAGAGUGGAAGUUUGUGUUGGUAGAGAAUGGAGAGGUUACUCGCUGGGAGGAAUGCAGCAAUAGACUCCUACAGACUGGCCAUGAGAACAAAGUGGUUCAUGGGUGGUGGGGAGUUCACUAAUUCAGCUUGCAAGACAUCAGAUGCUGGAGCAGCAUGAGGCAUGCUAAAUAAUUGAAAGGUGGUGUGAUUCCAAAUUUAGCCACCAGAGUUGUUUCAGAUUUGUUAGUGUGGUUUUUGUCUAAUGUACACAAAUAUAUGUUUGACAAUAAUGCUGCCAAAGAGUACAGACUUUUCCC